AUGACGGAGAGCUCCUGCGCGAGUGAUUAUUUCGUUUCCAACUUGCCUUACGAUGUCACUGAGGAAGAGCUAAAGGAUUUUUUAAAACCGGCCUGUGAGGUUACCUACUGCAGAUUGAAGAAGACAAGGCUCGGUAUUAAGAGUUGUCACGGGUAUAUACGGUUCGGGGGCAAUCUGAGCGAUGUAGCAGCGUACGCGCGAAGGGAGAGACUCAAGGGUAAGCAAUUGCGCAUUGAAUUAGUGGAAAAUGAAAACGAAGAUGUGUUAGGCCAUGUGACAGAUGAUUCAUUAGAUGAUACGUUAGACGAUACGUUAGAUGAUGCGACAGGCGGGAAGGACAGAGAUGGUUUCCCCCCGUGGGAGCAGAGUGCGCGAGACGCUCGCCACGCUAAUAAUACAGGGUCAUCCAAGCAACAAAUGGACGAGCAAGCACAGCGUAGAAACAAAUGGAACUCCAAAAAGGUGAAUGAAAAGGUAGAAAUAAUUAACGAAAAAGGAAUGAUUACAAAACAAGGACAUGCAAUUCUUAGUAACAUGCACAUGUAUGAUGUGGUCCGUUUGGUUCAGAAAAUGCAAGAGUUAGUUAGACUCUCCCCUCAAACGGCCAUUAAAAUUCUCAGUAAUAAUAAAACCCUAAGCUACUCUCUCAUCCAUGCUCUGUUCCUUUUGGGGAUUCUAAACGUAGAGAUUAAUCCCCUUAGCGACGAGGACAUCACCCGGAUGAAGUUCCACGCCCUUAAGAGUAAGUUCCAGUUUUUAUGUGUGAAUAGCGAAGUGGAUGCUGACGCGGACGCUGAUGGGGGUGGGAAUGUAGGUUCGAAUGUGGGUGCAGAUCCUCUGCUUGGACAACACUAUCACAGGGGGAGUAUCGGUUCGCAUGACGCCGAUGGGGUUGCAUCCGACUGGCGUGAUGUUGAGAGACGUGGCUCCGAUCUAGGGGAGGUGAGUGAGGCGGGAAAUCCACCAUGGGGAGUUCAAAAUUACAGCUACGAGGAGAAUGGUAGGAGGCAAGUAUACGAAAGGGGAGGAAGAGUGAAUGCAAUAAAAAUGGAGACCACCUCAGCAUUGAAGCAUAUACGAGGAAAGAGCCAACCGGUAGGUAACAGGAAAAAUGCACCAAGGGGGUUGUAUAGUACAAAUCAGGGUUCCGCUUAUGGGGGAAAUAAUAAUAGCUAUAACUCUCUUAGCCAUGUAGAUGUGCCGUCUGAUGAAGGUCAGAGUGGGUACCCCGUCGACAGGGAUUCUGCUUUUGGAGAAAUGGAGAGAGAAUCAGUGAAGGGGGAGGGACAAAUGGGUCGAUCGAAUUUGUAUGGAACGGUUGGAAGUGCCUACCACUCGCGGCAUCAAUUACCCUUACUCACCCUCUCCAUGAACAACAGACGGGGAAAUACCGGCGGAUACCCCCUCCAAGGAAGUUACGCCAACAAGCACAUAAUCAAGGGGGGAAAACUGAAGAGCAAAAAUAAGCAGAACAGUAAGCAGAACAGUAAGCAGAACAGUAAGCAGAACAUUAAGCAGAACAGUAAGCAGAAGAAUAAGCAGAAGAACAAAGCAAGAAACUCUACGAACAUGAUGCCCCUUGGCAACAAAGGGAUAAGUGGUGGUAAUGUAUUUUCCGUUGGAGGUAAUAGACCCCUCGACUAUGAUAAUAAUAGUAUGCAGGGGAACCCCAACCCGUAUGAUUACGGAGGGGAGCUUCCCAGUGGAAGGAACUCGGGGUUGUAUGGAAUGCGUGGCCAUGUUGAUACGAAGACGGACAAGGAGAGUUAUUAUGGUAAUUAUUACGCGAGCGAUGAUGUUGCAGGUAAGCAUGGGGGAGGGCCCGACCCCUUGGAUACACAGAUCAGUUACAGUGGAGAAGUGAGCAAUGUGCGCAUGAAGAGUUAUGAGGGAAACUCCCAACGAAAAAUCAACCGCCCAGAGGGAUACUCAGCCAACAGAAGGAAUGAUAGUAUAAGUAACCGGGAAGGAAAUGAUGGCACAUACCAAAGUGACCGCAGCGCUUUGGGUGCAGUGGAUAUGAGAAAGAACCAAGGAGGCAACCUUACUAGGGACGAACCCAUCGGAGGACAAUCUACUACCUCUUCACAAUACAGGAGGGGUAUUCCCAGAAUAGGUCAUAGCCAGGUCGACAGUGAGACGGCCCGGAAACAUAGCUACAUGAGUGAUCAGCAAGGAGAAAGUGCAGCUGAAGACAAACACCUCGAAUUCGGGAAAAGGUUAAUCCAAAAAAUUAACACUACAAAUAUACAACGGAGAGGAAUAAAACUGAUCGAUAGGAACAGAGCAAGUGAAAAAACGAACGAAGAGAAUAACGUUAUUAAGGUAAAGAAUGUAGACCUAUAUAAUAAAGUGGAAAAGACGCACGAAAAUGUCUUAAGCAAUAGCUUGAAGAUUUUAUUGAAGAAAGUAAACCUGAGCUUGAAGGAUAUUCCAUAUGCUGAGGAUGACUUGGUAAAGGAGGUUAUUAAUGAAAAGCCCAUUUUGGAGAACCUUCUUAUUAGUAAAUACUCAGACAUGGCCAACUGGAACCCGGACCAGAUAUUACGAGUCCUAUCCAUUCGGAAGUCGCUGAAGAGACGGGGAUACAAUGUCAACGGGGUCAUCUGA